GCUCGCGAUUGGAAUUUUAGAGGCAACUUCCUGGUUGGGCUUGGCGGAACUGAAACAGAGCUAGGAAGGAGAAAAUUUAGUUGCAAAAUUAUUGGUUUUCCACUUACUGACAUUAGUCCUGCAGCUGGUGUAUAUUGGAUAUUCAAUGUAAAUUAAGGACCAUAAAUUAGUACCAUCAUGGGAAAUUGUAGAACAAAAGAUGAUUCCAGUGGAAAAUACAAUCCUGGGACGACAGGUAGCAAAAGUAACGAUGAUGAUAACAAUCACCAAACGUCUGCCCACAUUCCAAAUUUUAACGUUCACUCAGGCUUUGUACCAACUCCAGUUAACCCAUUUCCACCACGACAACCAGUAUUAUCGUACAAAGCUCUUUAUGACUAUGAUGCCAGGACGGAGGAUGAUCUUUCCUUCCGGAAGGGAGAAUUGAUGGAAAUACUGAAUAACAGUGACGGAGACUGGUGGCUUGCAAGAUCAACAGUUACAAACAGAGAAGGUUACAUACCUAGUAACUACAUUGCACCAGUAAAGAGCAUAGAUGCAGAAGAUUGGUAUUUUGGAAAAAUUGGGCGAAAAGAAGCAGAGAAACGACUGUUAUUACCUGGCCUAGCCCGUGGGACAUUCAUUAUUCGAGACAGUGAGGCAAAUCCAGGAAACUUUUCAUUAUCAGCACGUGAUUUUGACGACACAAAGGGAGAACAUGUAAAGCAUUAUAAGAUUCGGAAGCUAGACCAGGGAGGAUAUUUCAUUGCAUCUAGAAGUCAAUUUAGCACACUCAAUGAUCUCGUUGCCCACUACCAACAGCAAGCUGAUGGACUAUGCUGCAGGCUGGGAAAACCAGUGCCUAAGUCAAAUCCCACAACAUCAGGCUUAAGCAAGGAUGCUUGGGAAAUUCCCAGAGAUUCACUGCAGCUGGAGAAAGUUCUUGGAGCUGGACAGUUUGGUGAAGUGUGGAAAGGUAAAUGGAAUGGUAAGACAGCGGUAGCCAUUAAAACUUUAAAGCCAGGAACCAUGUCGCCUGCUGCCUUCCUUGAAGAAGCAAAUAUUAUGAAGAAUUGUAAACACGAAAACUUGGUGCAGUUAUAUGCUAUAUGCUCAGAUAAGGAACCAAUCUACAUUGUCACAGAACUGAUGGCCAAUGGAAGUCUCCUCGAUUUUCUUAAAGACGGUGAUGGUCGGUCUCUUAAACUUGUUGAACUUGUUGAUAUGGCGGCCCAGAUUGCUCACGGUAUGGCGUACUUGGAGAUGCAAAACUACGUCCAUCGAGAUCUUGCGGCACGUAAUGUACUCGUCGGUGAACAUCGAGAAUGCAAAGUUGCUGACUUUGGUUUGGCACGAAUGAUUGAAGAUGAUGAGUACACUGCUAGACAGGGGGCUAAGUUUCCAAUUAAGUGGACUGCCCCAGAGGCAGCUAUGUUUGGCCGUUUCACCAUAAAAUCAGACGUAUGGUCAUUUGGUAUUCUACUGACCGAGUUAAUCACGCACGGACGCAUUCCAUAUCCAGGAAUGAUGAACAUGGAGGUAUUAGAGCAAGUUGAUCGUGGUUACAGAAUGCCCAGACCUGCUAAUUGCCCCGACUCCUUAUUUGACUUGAUGUUGAAAUGUUGGCACAAAGAACCAGUGUCUCGACCAACGUUUGAAUUCUUGCAUCAUUUCUUGGACGAUUACUUUGUGGCAACAGAACCCGAUUAUAAAGAAGCCGACUAUUAGUCAGUUAGGAAGUAGUUACAAAUAUUUCAGUUGGAAGGAUGAUGGCAGGAAUACAAGGCACUGGCUUCUCCACCUAUUACAGUACUGCAUAGCUGUAUUAGAUAGCAUAGCUGUCACGUAUAGAUGUUAACCUCUUGCUUGCUAUCAGUAAAACCACCUGAUAUUGUCUUUGAAGCACCUGCUAAAAUUAUGUUUCGAUCACCUGCGAAUUGUUUACAAUUGGUGCCGUGUUGUAAGACCACUCUGCUUACACUAAUGUUUAUAACUACUUUCAGUGAGAAUAUUUUUUAAUGACAUAUCCAAAUGAAUAUGGAUCUUAAAAUUGUGACAUAUACAUAUUUCAUGCAAAUGAGAUUAUUUGCAUAUUCAUGAUUCAUAUUAGCAUGUUAAUGACAACAUGUGAACCUUAAAGAAACCAUUUUAUUUCAAGAGUUUUCAAAGUAUAUUCAUUGCUUCUAAUAUUUAGUCAAUGCAGUUGUUGAUAUUGCUGUAGAUGUUUUGUGGAGUACAAGAAAAAAUGUAAUAAAUGUGCACAAUGAUUGGAUAUGCUAAUAAUGUUUUGCAUAUUCAUAACUGCUAUAAAAUCAGUGGCCCAAUAAUAUCAGAUUUUUACUGAUGGAAAAAAAAUUCAUUCACAUUAUGUGUUCACUUGUCUGGUGUUUUGACAUGUGACUAAAAUUUUACAAAAGAACAUCAUGAAUAUAUGCAAAUUGGGUAAAUUCUUCAUUGGGAGAUAUGAUUAUUCAUGCUUAAAAUAACCAAUCUUGUGUUAGUUGUAAUUCUUGAUGAAAUUUAACUAUUUGAUCUGUGUUUUAUACAAUUCUAAUUUUGUAGUUUUCAAGACAAGGUGGGUAAAACUGGUAUAGAUGGACAAUUUUAAGGUUGAGGAACCCAAUUUAUAUUAUCUUUACUCAAACAAUUGUGUGUGAAUGUUUGUGUAUGUAGUUCUAGAAACCAAAUUUAAUUGUUGUGGGAACUAGGUGAACAUUUUUAUGUAAAAUACCAGUGUAAAAAAAAAAACAAAGAAUAGUUUAUAAACGAAUUUGUUUUACUAUUUAAUAUGGAGGUUUUGCUCUGUUAAUCAUGUCAAUGUGAUUUUUGAUUUUUAAUGAAUCAGUAGUUUUUGUCAUGUAAGAACUAUGAAAAAUUUGUGGGAAAGAUGUAAAUGGGAAAAAGUUUGCAACGUGUCUUUGCAACGUGUCUUGUCUGUUUACUGUGGAGUUGUCAUAAUAUGUAAUGUACUAUAGUUUGAGAGAAGCAUCCUCUUAACAGCCCCAUUGUCGUUACUCUACUUAAAGGUGUUUUUUUACCAAAGGUUAAAGGUUACCACCAUGCUAAAAGUGGGUCCUUUAGACGCUGAAAUAAUUUUAAUACUUGCGGCAAAUAUGGCAUACAAAUCCAAAUGGUUUUUAGAUGUUUCUUCUAAAAAACUGUUAAAAGUAGUGUUUGUGUUUAAAAUUCCAUAUGAAAUAAUUUAAAAACUAACCCGUCAAUGUAAAUAAUGUAAUCACUUAAUGAAGCAUAUUUGUAAUUAUGCGAAGAGUUUUUUUAUACGAAAAAAAGUGGUACUUUAAUCUUUAUCAUUAUGCAUAUUUUUGUAAGAUGUAUUUGGAUCCUUUUCAGGGACUUCUUGCAUGUAAUUUGUAUGUUAUUUCUUUGUGUCGUUAUAAACCAGAUGGUCGUCUUGGACAAUUGUAAUUUUGUAACCCUGUCUUUUUUUUUUUCGUUUUAAAUAAUGGAAUCGUGUGGCACAGGAGUAAUGCGUCAGGCUGGACUGGAGUAUAAAUUAGUUCUUGGUAGGAUCAAUUGUCAUUGUACUAAUUACUAUAUAGUUGCUACAUUUUAAAAUAAUCCCCAGAGAUCUGAAUGUAUGCGUGGACGUAGUCUAGUUUCGGCCUGGCAUGGGUUGGGGGUUGGGGGGUUUCGAAAAAUGAGAAUGUGGAACUAAAUCCCUAUUCCAAUGAGAAAUGAAGUCAAUUUUUAGUAUUUUAACCCACAUAGUGGAACUAAUUUGCUGACAAGGGAGUACAUUCGCACUCCACACCCCCCCUCCCCCCAAAUUAGCCUAUGCCCAUGGUGUAUUUCAUGGGUGUUUGAUCCAAUAUCCGGGAUAAUAAUGUGAAGUAUAUAGACUUAGGUAAUAAGCACUAUAUAGGACCAAUAUAGGAUUUGAGUCAUGCAUUUCGAAUACAUUCAUAAAAUGCUGUUUGUGGACUAACUUAAUUUUGAUUAGUAAAAAGCUUCUUGUAAAUGCAAAACAACAUUACCUAUACAUAUUUCUGUGUUUGAUUUUUUUUAUGAUAAAAUGUACAUUUUACUGUUUGUUGAUUUUUAUUUACAUUUAAUCUACAUGCAGCUUUUGCAAUUCUGAUUUUCUUUGUUUUGAUAGUCAUAAAUUUCUGUAGGAAACAUUGAUGGUUAGAAGGAUUGUAUUAACAUGGUGUUGGGCUAAACAAAUUAUGUCUGUAUUGCCUACUUGUGGGGAUUCCAUAUUUAUAAAGUAUGAGUGCAGAACUCUGUGUAUUGUACAUAAUAUAUAUAUAUAUAUAUAUUAUAAUAGUGCUAGUCAGUGAAUAAGAUGGAAGUUAAAUUCAAUACCAUUGUUGCCAGGGGCACCAUCACAGUAGAAACUUAAAUU